GGAGGUAUUUUCACAAUUUCAGUUCUGCAAUACUGAGAGGUGCAGUGUGUGCCUAUGCAAACAUGUCAUCUGUGUUGACAUCCAUUUGGGUUAACAAUGUGUUGACGUGUUCAUGGCAUUCAUGUUGUUUGUGUUGGUGUUGGGGUGGUUGUGGAGCAGGUCUUUGUUGGACUGUUGCUCAUUCGGCUCACCCAGCUCAGCCUCAUCCAUUCCUUUUCUUUAUCUCCACGACCCCCCCACCCUCCUCUCUCUCUCGCGCUCUCUCUCGUGCGCUCUCUCGCUCUGCCUUAUCACUCUGUCACAGUGCAUCUUUCCUCAUUUGCAUUUGUUCCACUUCUUUGUGACAGGAAACUCUUCUGUCAGACGCCCGUUUGAAAACUUACAGAGCAGAGGAUCAAAAGGCCAUUGAUCCGUGUGUGUGAUUCACCGUGAGCUGUGACUGCCUUGUUCUUGUACAUUAAGGAGGUGUUCCACAGGCUGCGUUGUCGCUGAUGGAUGUUGAGGGACCGAGGAGAACUUUAGUGAGGAGGUAAUCACAUUCACCAGCGCUGGAUUACAUCACGAUGGCGGCAACGGCAUUACCAUGGAGACUGGCAAGGCACAAUCUGUGAGCGCUCUGUUGUACGGCUCGGUUGCCGUGCCGACGGAGAGGAAGAUGGACGCCCAGGCCCCGCUGACUGCUGUUUACAUCCGAGCUGUGCCCGCCCCCCCGCCCACCCAGCAGCUGUUCCCGCAGGCUCAGUUUCCAGGGACUCCCCAACGUGAGCCUGCCACCCUCAAUCUGGCCGGGCCCCCCCUCUACACCAAGGACGCCCUCCCCUUCCUGACGGUGCACCUCUCCGGCGGGCUCCAGCCCCUGCAUCAGGAGCUGGGCCUCUCGCCCGCCGCCCCCCUCGCCCCUCUCGCCCCCGCCUCCAGGCCCCGGGCGGCGGGGAAGCACGUGUGUCCGCACUGCGGCCGGGACUGCAUGAAGCCCAGCGUGCUGGAGAAGCACCUGCGCUGCCACACCGGCGAGCGGCCCUACCCCUGCCUCACCUGCCGGGUCUCCUUCAAGACGCAGAGCAACCUGUACAAGCACAAGCGCACCCAGGCUCACGCGCGCCUCUCGGCCGAGGCGGGGCAGGGCGCCAGCGGCAGCCUGGAGAGCGGGUGCGGAUCCAGCCUGGGCGGCUCGUCUCUGGACAGCCAGGUCGAGGAGGAGUCGGGGGGCCUGGAGGAAGAGGUCAACAAGUACUCCUACGCAGCCAGAGCAGAACCGGGGACGGACCCAGAACGGGGCCCCACUGGAGACCCCGUCCAGGGAACGAUCGACACGAGCUCUGCAACACAGAAGCCAGAGCCUGCUCAAAGACCAGGCCUAGCGAAGGAGGAAGUGAGAGGGAAAGAGUGUGAAACCAGAAAGUGUCCAAGUGUGACGCCAAAUCGACACCUUCCCCUUCAGAGGCAGGCGGCCACACAGGUCUUUAAAGAGUGGCCCGGUGAAGCGUCGAGAGGGAAACCCCAGAGCCACACGAGCACCGACUCAGGCUUCAGCGAGAGCACCGACCACAACAUGGACGCCCUCCCAGAGUGCAUCACGGGGCACCACGACUGGUCUGGUAGCAGCCAGAACGGACCAGACACCAGGGACGGGGUGCCUGUGCGGGAGCAGAGAUCACUGGAGGAGCACAUAUCCAAGCUCAUCUCGGAGAACAGCGUCGUGGUGGACGACAAGAAGCUGAAGACCAUGAGGCCCCGGAAGACGGUGCUAUCCAAGCAGGGCAGCAUCGACCUACCCCUGCCCUACACGUACAAGGACUCUUUUCACUUUGACAUGCGGAAUAAUCUCUCUCCGAUCGCCAGGCUCCCCGGCAGCAGGAGGCCCGAGCUGCAGAGCUCCCUGCAGCCGCCCGGCUCAGCGAGCACGGAGCAGGCCCCUCUCAGCAGGAGCAGCUCCCUGCCCUACAGCAUCGCCCUCCUGCCCCCAGAGCAGGGCAACCGCAGCUUCUCCUACCCCAGAGAUGAUGUCACCGUGAUCCGCAGAGGGAGCUCCAACCCCGUGCACCCGACGGCCUUUCCCUGCAAAUCUGUGGACCAGCAGGUGCCCGCCCACCGCCCGCUGGUGCGCCAGGCCGCCGUGGACUGCAACCACGCAGCAGAAGGUCCUUUCUUCACGCAUUCGUCAGCAGAGAGGCUGCCGGUAAACAGAGACCUCAGCUGUGACGGGGGAGGUGGCGGGGAGCCGAGCGACCGAAAGCAGCCCAGGAAAAAGGCGCAGAAGUUCACCUACAACAAGUGGUACACCUACAAGGGAGGCACGUUCAAGAAGCUCUACAACACUACAAAGGCCGGGGGUAGGGUGGUGUCCGCUGCCGAGGAUCCAUCGUCGUCGAGGCCGGAGCGUUUGAUGGCCCAAAGUGGGAAGAGUCCCAGUGAUUGGACGACGACAGCAGGCUUGACCACCGGUGGGGUAGCUGUCUGCCAUACGUCCUGCCUGCCUGCCCAACCCCCGCCGGUUCCAGGUCUGGAGUUCAAUCCCAAACCCAGGAGGGUUCAUCAGGAGUGCAGCUCUCCCAGGCCCCAACUCCUCAGUCAUGCGUCCUUGUCCACGCUACAUGUAACCCCGAACAGAUCGCCAGAGAACCAAAGCAGGACAGAUGUCACGGGCCGACCAGCAGAGAGGCAUGCUGGCAAAGAGAAACACGCUCACUCCAUCUCACCACCUCAGAGGGCCCACAUUCCUUCAGACAGGAAAAAGCAGCGAACCCAUGACAGUACAGUAGUAAAUCCCUCAAGAACGGCAGCAGACCACAACACAAUAAACAACCCCUCCUCCUCCCUUCUUGACGUUUUCCCCACACAGAAUACAAACAUUUGUCAGUUUAGCCUGCGUUUGGAUCAAAGACUUAAUCGGCUCGGGAUAGGCCUUGUGGCUCCGUGCAUCGGUGCAUCAAAUGUGCAAACAUCUGUAAAACCUCCUUCUUCCGUUUCUCUCCUCUCCUCCGCCAAGCCUAGCUUCCUGCCAAAGUAUCAACUCAAGAUCCCCACCACCACUGAAACCAGAUCUACGCCCUCACUGCACACUGUCAAAGUGUCAAAAAAACAAAACGUUGACUACGGCCUCACGGGUGUCUCCUCUACUUCAGAUAAUCCACACUUCUUACCCGGCAGCGGAAACACAACGUCCUCUGGGAGCGAAUUUACUCCGCAACCCUACGUGCUUUCAGGAUAUCCGCAAAGCACAGAGGCCAGAGACUCCACACAGACAGUGAACGUGUGUGAAUCCUUCGUACCAGGUGGAACUCCAUGGGCGAGUCCGGCGCUGGCCGUAACUCAGAGACAUUGCACAACCAUCACCACAGCCACUGCCACAAUGCGUAGCCAUCCUAAAGAGUUAUUCUCCCCGACUGUAAUCCAGGCCUCAGCCUUUAAACCCGUCAUGGCCCCCCAUGCCGCCUGCUUAGCCAGACCUUUACUGCCAAAACGAUCCAUCACGGCCUCAACUACAGCGAGACCGAACAGCCGCUCAGCGAUUCUGUCGUCGUCCAUCUCCACGACCCUCACCACUUUCUCCCAAGGUCUCCGGCUGGAUCCGCCCCUCCUGGACCCCUUACGGUCACUCCCCUCUUCGGGACAGUCGACCCGAGGGGACGCAGGGUCUGGUGGGCACCCGUUGGCCGAGCCCCCCCGUCAGAUGGGGCCGUUUGAGGCUGGGCAGCUGGACCCCUUUCGGACGGUGUUCCACGUCCAGACGGCCGACCUCCAGAUCUGUCUGCAGAUCAUAUCUGACGAGCAGCUGGCUCUCAUCGAGCCACGGAUGAAGAAGCAGGCGGGUACAUCAGAGAAAACCCCCCAGACUCCUGCCCCCCGCUUAAUUGGGCCUGCAGAAACCUGCAGGGGGAAAAGGGCCCAUCAAUCAACCUGUGAUCAAAGGGAGGUGGAAAACAUGGCGCCCCCACCUUCAGACCUGCAGUCCGUCAUUCUGAACUCUAUGGGACAGGCAGGUGUCAGUCAGCCUCCGGCAUCAGGUAUGGUCGAUGUCUCUCGGUCUCUUCAACCCCUUGUUCACCCAAACAGUGAUUCUAACCACAACACAGCUGCAGAAAGCAGAUGUGGCACCGGCAGCACCGAGGCAUCGCCUAAAGCGGCGAAGCCUGACACAAGGAUACUAAAAGGGGAACCCGCCCAUUCGGUCUCAGCUGGUCUUAAUGCUGCAGAACUGGGGGAGGUGACCUCUCUGCUCCCUGGUGGAUUCAUACAGGAAGGAAGCCAAGGAAGCCAACACACUCCUCUAAGUCGAAGGGCAAUAACCUGUACCGUGGAGGAAGUCACGGCUACGCUCAAGGACCGACCCAGCGCCUCUCAGGGUAGGGAUGGCGGGGCAUGGGCCUGGACCCAAGCGGAGGCCAGCCACGUCACCCCCCACCCUUGGGACGGGGCGUCGCUGCUCCCAGAAGUCAACAACGAAUGCUGCAGGGCUUCAGCGGAGGUGACAGUCGACCUGCCCGUGUGUGGGGGUGGGGGUGGUGGAGGUGGAGGUGGUGGUGGUGGUGGUGGUGGUGGUGGUGAUUGUGGAGGUGGAGAUGGAGGUGGAGGGGAUUGGGGUGGUGGUGGAGGUGGUGGUAGCAGUGGUGGUGGUGAUUGUGGAGGUGGAGGUGGAGGGGAUUGGGGUGGUGGAGGAGGUGGUGGUAGUGGUGGUGGUGGUGAUUGUCGAGGUGGAGGUGGAGCUGGUGAUGAUGACGACCUGGUGGACCCUGGACCGGGCCUCUCAUACACACCUCUGCAGCUCUUCAGGCGCGGUGAGGCUGGCCGCGGCCCGGCUGGGCCUCUGAUCCCCUCAACGCCUCCACACCGCGGCCCGGCUGGGCCUCUGAUCCCCUCAACGCCUCCACACCGCGGCCCGGCUGGGCCUCUGAUCCCCUCAACGCCUCCACACCGCGGCCCGGCUGGGCCUCUGAUCCCCUCAACGCCUCCACACCGCGGCCCGGCUGGGCCUCUGAUCCCCUCAACGCCUCCACACCGCGCCGCUGUCUGGGACUCAGCCACCUCGCCGGCGGACCUCCCCCGACCACAGCCACCAGGGCCUUCCCAUGGAGGCCUUCCCAUGGAGGCCUUCCCAUGGAGGGCCUUCCCAUGGAGGAGGCGUCUGUCGCUGAGUCGGUGUGUUGACUCUGAGUCAUGA